AUGCCCGCUGGCGGCAGGAAACCCGGAGGAGCGGACGCUGGGAAGAACUACAUCUACCAGAAUGCAUUUCCACCCGCAAACCGCAACGGCUGGAGGCGGUGGCUACGAAAUGAUGGGCAGCCCGAGUCCCGCCCCUUUUUAAACAAACAGCAGCCUCAGCCAGUGGCUUUUCGAGCACGGCGCCCUCGUCUCCGCAAAGAGGCGGCGCUGGCUCGGAGUGACUACCCAGGCGACCUAUCAAUGCUAGUCCCGCCCAGUGCGCUUGACGCAACUGGAGACCGAGGUGUCCGAUCCCCAGAGCGGCUCCCGGGCCUCUUCCUCGCUAUGGCGUUCGGCGGCGGUUGGUGGGGCCGAGCCGCGGCGCGGGCCAGGAGAGCCGGCGGGCUGUUAAGGGGAGAGGCCUGGCCGUGGCUACGGAGGCCGACGAGGCCCAACUCCGGCCGAGGCGCGCCACUCCCGCCCGCCUCGGAGCUGGACAAGGCAGACGCCUGGCUGCUCCGCAAGAGUCACGAGACCGCCUUCCUAUCCUGGUUUCGGAAUGGGCUGCUGGCCACGGGCAUCGGCGUGAUUUCCUACAUGCAGAGCGACAUGGGGAGGGAAGCAGCCUACGGUUUCUUCAUCCUCGGGGGAAUCUGUGUCUCGUACGGCAGCGCCUCCUACUUUGUCAGCCUCCUCCUCCUCCGUCGCACCAUGAUGCUCUCCUUCUCGGCUGCCCUCCUGAAUUCGGCCGCCGUGGUGAGCGUGGCUCUCUUUUGGCUCUGCGCCAUCUCCCUCUACAUCGGCCGGCUGGAGGUGGAAAUCAUCCAAGAGGACGUCACCGACAAGAGGAAGGAGAACGGCAAGGCCGAAAAAUGAAGGCCGGAGGGACUCUCCUGGACUCGAUGAGACCCUAUGGACGAUUCGGAAGGGACCGCUCCAUGGUGGUUGGGUCAGAGGAGACCAUGGAAGAAGGAAGGAAGGAAGGCUGGCUCUCCUGCACGUGAGGGACAAGUGGAAGGAAGUGUGGCCUUUCCAUUUAUUUCAGAUUUUUUGGAUGGGGAGCAACGGAUGGGAGGGGAAGGAAGGAAGGGCUUUGAAACCUUCCUGGGAGCAAAUGAGCUCUGGAAGCAUGAAUACUUGCUACUUAAGGAUCUUUGAUGCUUUUAAGGAGUGGGCCUGCUUUGCAAAGAAACCCUCCCUUUUCUGCUUCGACCCUGCUUUCUGGUUUCAGGUGUGUGUGUGUGUGUGUGUGUGUGUGUGAAUAAAAGCCAGUUGUCUGAAUGCCUCCUGCAUAGCUUAUCUUGGCUUGUCCACUCUCGCUUACACUCCGGACUCUUUCUCCGUCUCGCUUCUGUCAUUGGGCCACCUGCUGCUCUGGACAUUUAUAUUAAAGACACACAAAGCAAA